UUUUCGUUUGCGGAUCCAUCACUACGGUCACCAUAUUGGAAGGCAGCGCUAGCAUAGUUGUCGGUGAGGCCGGCGAGGCGGAACAGCGUUGUCGAGAUAAAGUAACACUGUUAGCUAGAUAUACGUUACACACAUUAUAGAGAACUAAAACUACAACAUCAGACGAUAAAACAAAGAAAGGUAGCCUAAAGAUGCCUUCAGCAAUGGUUGGCAACAAUGCAGUUCAGUCCUCCAGCCCAGAUUUGGGUUCUGGGACCCAGUCUGAGGCCAUGAAGCAGGUGCUGCAGGUGAUUGAUAAGAAGGUCCGCAACAUGGAAAAGAAAAAGGGCAAGCUGGAUGACUACCAGGCCAAGAAGAACAAAGGAGAACGCUUGAACCAGGAUCAGCUGGAAGCCUUGACCAAGUUCCAGGAAGUGUCAAACAACCUGGAUUUUGCUCGGGAGUUGCAGAAGAGCUUCUUGUCUUUGGGUCAAGAGAUCCAAAAGGCAGUCAGGAAGUCGGCCAGGAGGGAACAGCUCCAGCGGGAGGAGAUGGAGCAAAGGCGUCUGAAGACUGUUUUAGAGUUGCAGUUUCUGCUUGACCGGUUGGGGGAUGAGCAGACAAGACAAGACCUGAAACAGCUGUCUGCAGGCUGCCCCUUGCUCACAGACUCUGAACUCAAUGCAUUGGACAGUUUCUACAAGCUGGUUGGCCCUGAACGGGACCAUGACGUCAGGUUGAUUGACCAGUAUGAGGAGGCCUCUCAACAUUUAUGGGAACUGCUUGAGGGCAGUGAUAAGGCUGUGGCAGGAACCACAUACAAGGCACUGAAGGAGACCCUGGACAAGGUGUUGCUGAGUGGCUACUUUGACAGAGCACAAAAACAUCAGAAUGGAGUGUGUGAAGAGGAAGAGGAGGAAGAGGAGGAGCAGCAGCUGUCUGUCGCACCUGAGGUGUCCGAGAGUGGGGAGCAGCCUGCACAAAAAGAAGGAACGGUUACUGAAGAAUACAUAGAUGCCAUUGAAGUAGAAGCCAAGGAGUUUGUAAACAGACAGUUCAUUCCGGAAACCACAUACAGCAGCACUGACAAUAACUUACUAGAGGAUUGGACAGCAGAAACCCAGGUGGUCAAUGCCUUCCAGCAUCAUCCUCCUCCCCAUUUGGCUCCUGAGACCCACACUGUGAACCCAAUCGCCCCUUCACUGACGCCUGACCCUGUGGUCAGGAAGCAGGUGGUACAAGAUCUCAUGGCCCAGAUGCAGGGGACCUAUAACUUUAUGCAGGACUCCAUGUUGGAGUUUGAAGGCCAUGCCCUAGACCCAGCCAUUGUGUCAGCCCAGCCCUUGAAACCUACACAGAAUAUGGACCUGCAGCAUAUGGUUCAUUCAGAAUCCAGACUUCCUCAUCCAAGCACAGUUCCUGAAUCACCACAAGUCCCCGUGGUCUCCCCUACGCCUGAUGCCUAUUCCACACCGCCCCUUUACCAACCUUCCUACACAGCAGACCCACUGCCACCAACCGACGGAUCAGACCAUAUCCAGGCUUCGAUGUCCCUGUCGUCUGAGCAGUCGUCCACCUCGUCCUCCUUGCCCUCUGCCUUCCCGCCUGUCUCCACCCCCCACAGCGGCGGCAUCAAUGUCAACGCAGCACCAUUCCAGUCCAUGCAAGCGGUGUUCAACCUCAACGCCCCUGUGCCCCCCACAAAUGAAGCAGAGAGUCUGAAGCAGAACCAGUUGCCCAGCAACUACAGCCAGGGCUUUAGCAGUCAAGCAGAACACUCUGUGGAGCAAAAGGAAAUCCAACAGGAAACACCACAGUCUGGCGGCUUCCUAAACCAAGACCAAGGGAUGCCGUCAGCUGGAGGCCACCAGGUACAUUCAUCCCAGGGUCCAAGCUUUGGGCGGCCUGUCCAGUCUUUCUAUAACAGUAGAGGGGCAAUGCCUCGCGGAGGCCCCAGGAACCCCCGGGGAAUGAUCAACGGAUACCGGGGAUCAUCUAAUGGUUUCCGAGGAGGAUAUGAUGGAUAUCGCCCUCCCUUCUCAAACACUCCAAACAGUGGUUAUGGACAACCUACCCAAUUCAGCACGCCACCUCGAGACUACUCCAACACCACCUACCAGCGUGAAGGAUAUCAGCCGGGCUACAAGCGGGGUGUAGCCCAAGGACCUCGAGGUUGCUCUCGAGGACGAGGGGGAGUGUUCAAGCCCAGUCGAGGGAUGGUGACCCAAAUGGCUGUACAGCAAGCCAACUAGUCUUGGAUACCAACAAAUCUACUACCCUCUUCACCUAGGGAAACCUUAAAUCUUCACCCAUACUCCUGGACCACCCUUAUGACUGCUCCUCUCCAAAUCCAACACGGUUUGGUGAGGCCUGGGUCUGAAGCCAUAGAUACCACACUUAGCUCUCCUACUGUACAAUGUUUUAGCCUGCUCACACUCAUGCUAUUGCAUAGCCUUAAACUGAUCAAGCUGGAAAGCGUGUGCCUUUGCUUUUGGAUUUUUAUUUGGUUCUCUGCUUGAUCAUUUACAAUCAUUUACAAAACUGGGACUAAAGUUACAGGGUUUAGGUGUUAUGAAAAAAAGCACUGUGCUCGUUUUACAGACAGAUUAAGCCUAUUUCUAGACUAUAAAAAAACAAGUUAAACUAUGAUUCUUCAUUGAGCUUUUUACUUUUGUCCAGGAUAAGGCUUAAUCUGUGUCUGCAAAACCAUCUGUACCUGUUUACUGGUAACACCACACAGACGUCAAUGUGAAGAAUGUGUAUACAUUGUAUUACCAUGGCAAAUUUGGGUAGAAUGUCUGUCAAAAUGGUGUAGUCUGAUCAUGGUGUAGGUUCAACUGAAUGAUCGACUGCUUUAAAGAGCAUUUUAAUCUAGCCAACUUGAAACUUGACUGUUUACUCAAAAUUAAGAAUUCCUGUGUGUACUGUACAAUUGACUCAUUAUAUAGCAUUUCAAGUAAUGAAGCACUGAAUAAAUGCACUGUUAUAAUUCUGCCUUGGUCAUUAAAUACAGUAUCACCUUA